AUGUCAAAUCUAUCAAAACUUGAGUUUGUGGCACUUGACAUUACCAGAAAGAAUUAUUUGUCAUGGGUUCUUGAUGCUGAAAUCCACCUUGACGCUAAAGGUCUUGGUGAUACUAUUAAACAAGAAAAUAAAGCAUCAAGUCAGGAUAAAGCGAAAGCCAUGAUUUUUCUCCUACAUCAUCUUCAUGAGGGAUUAAAAACUGAAUAUUUAACUGUGAAAGACCCCCUUGAAUUAUGGAUUAAUUUGAAGGAUCAGUAUCACCACCUAAAACUUACGGUGUUACCAAAAGCUCGAUAUACUAUCACUGAUGAUGACUUACUUGAGAAAACUUUUUCCAGAUUUCACGCCUUAAAUGUGUUGUUACAACAACAAUACCGUGAAAAGGGGUUUAAGAAAUAUUCUGAAUUAAUUACAUUCCUACUUGUGGCUGAGCAGAAUAAUACUUUGUUGAUGAAAAAUCAUGAAGCCCGUCCCACUGGGUCUGCUCCAUUCCCUGAAGGGAAUGUUGUAGCAACACAUAAUCAAUCUGACUCAAGAGAAAAUAAUUCUCGUGGAUGUGAUCAUGAUCGUGGCCAUGAUCGUGGACGAGGACGUGGACGUGGUAGAGGAUGA